AUGUUCAAGCUGACGCUGGUUCAGCUGACGACGCUGGCACUUGUGCUACUCGCUACAGGUCACCAAGCCGUGGCUCGUCCCGGAAAGCUUCGACCUGUCGAAUCGAAACGACUUCGAAACGACAUCAAGCGCAAAGACCUCCUCUCCGGAGCACGCAAGCUCCAGUCGCUCGCCUACGCCACCUCGGAACGAAACCGCGUCUUUGGCUCGCCCGGUCACAAAGCCACCGUCGCCUACAUCCAAGAAGAACUGCGUCGUGGCGGCGGAGCAGACUACUUUGACGUCUUCCUCCAACCCUUCACCGCCACCUACGCCGAGCACUCUUCCGAACUCGCCAUCGACGAUCAACCCACCAAGUCGGUCACCUUCACCUACUCGCCCAAUGGAGAGUUUGACGGGGUGGAGCUGGUGAAUGUCGCCAAUGUUGGUUGUGAGCAGGCUGAUUUCCCCGCGGGUGUAGAGGGGAAGAUCGCGUUGGUCAAGAGGGGUACGUGUCCCUUUGCGACCAAGGUGGGCAGGGCAGGUACAGCUAAGGCUGCCGCUGUGAUCAUCUACAACAACGCGGCGGGUGAUGUGGCGGGUACCCUGGGUAGCAAAGGACCUGUGGAGGAGGGACCCUUCGUUCCCGUGGCAGGUGUGACACAGGACGUAGGAAACGCGCUCGUCGCCCGUCUCGCGGCUGGCGAGAAGGUGCUGAUCGACAUGAAGCUCGACGGAGUGGUCGAGGAUCGAGAGACGCACAACGUCAUCGCCGAGACCAAAGCUGGCAACAAGGACCAAGUCAUCAUGGUCGGAGCCCACUCUGACAGCGUCGUAGCCGGUCCUGGUAUCAACGACAACGGCUCUGGCUCCAUCGCUCUGCUCACCAUCGCCAAGCAGCUCACCAAGUACUCUGUCAACAACGCUGUGCGCUUCGCCUGGUGGUCUGCUGAAGAGUACGGCCUCCUCGGUGCAGAACACUACGUCGAGCAGCUCAGCCAAGCUCAAAAGGACCAGAUUCGUAUCUACUUGAACUUUGAUAUGAUCGCCAGUCCCAACUACGUCCUCUCAGUGCACGAUGGGGAUGGUAGCACCUUCAACGAGCCUGGUCCUGCGGGGUCUGCUCAAGCAGAAGCGAUGUUCUUCGACUACUUCAAGAACGAAGCCAAGAAGCCCUUGAUCGAAGGACCGUUCGAUGGAAGGAGCGACUACGGUCCAUUCCUGGACGCUGGUAUCGCCGCAGGUGGUCUCGACACGGGUGCGGAAGGGCUGAAGACCGAGGAGGAGGCCAAGCUGUUUGGUGGAACGGCGGGUGUGGCGUACGACCCCAACUACCACCAGGCAGGAGACACGGUGGAUAACCUGGCAAUGGAGGCCUUCGAGGUCAACGCAAAGGCCAUCGCUCAUGCUGUGGCAACCUACUCGACUAGCUUUGACAGCCUCGGCCCCAGAUCGACCAAUGCCAAGAGGAACGUCGCUGCAGCAGCUAAGAAGGUCGACCACAGCACGCAUCGUUGCGGUGGAGAUCUGGCUCUCAUCUAA